AAUGGAUGGCCAUAAUGUAUUUAUGGUGGCUAAAGUCACGAACCGGACUUUCGCCUUUCAACAAACGACAUAAGAAAAUUAAUAAUUCAACUUGCGAUUAAUUAUUAUGGACAUGUUCUGUAUUUGUUGAGAGGAGCCUCCUCCAACACUAUUAUCGUAUCCUUUCAUAAUGGGCUUUGAACUCAGGCACUCUUAUGCACAUCAUGUCAUGUCUUCGAUACUGGUUGGUUUGACACAGCAAAUUUAAACUAGAGGGCAUGAUGGAAUUCACUUCUGCUUUUGCUCCAAUCUCCUUUCAUGGCAAAGAAAUCCUAUGGCUAGCAUCUAUCUUCUCAGGCAUCAUCUUAUGUGUUCUUGUUUAUGCAUCAACUGCUAUUUUGAGUUCUUUGUUGUUCAACUGUUAUGGCAAAUUGAACAGUGUGGAGAAAAUAGAAUGGAAUAACAGGGGAUUCUCUACAUUUCACGCUCUUUUUGUAUCAUCUGCAUCUUUCUAUCUCCUGAUCUUAUCAGAUCUCUUCAAUGUGAAAUCACAUGACGACUUAGUUAUUACUAGAUCAUCAACAUUAUCAGAUACAGUAUUAGGGAUUUCUAUUGGUUAUUUUCUGACAGAUCUGGCCAUGAUUCUUUGGAAGUUUCCAGCUUUAGGGGGUAUUGAAUAUGUUCUACACCAUGGUCUAUCCAUAAGUUCUAUUACACUGUCUCUGCUAAGUGGUCAAGUUCAUAUCUACAUACUUAUGGUUCUUUUCUCAGAAAGCACUACUCCUUUUGUAAAUCUUAGAUGGUACUUGGAUCUUGCUGGUCUUAAGAGCUCCAAACUUUACAUUUGGAAUGGCGUUGCAUUGUUCUUCGGGUGGUUGGUUGCAAGGAUUUUCUUGUUCAUGUUCCUUUUUUACCACAUAGGGACCCAUUUAAAUGAGGUGAAGGAGGUCUUCCUUUUUGGAUUUUACACCUUGAUUAUGGUGCCUUCUGUGUUAGCAGUGUUGAACAUAUUUUGGUUCUGGAAGAUCGCAAAGGGUUUGGUUAAAACUCUCACAAAAGCAAAACACAGCAAGUGACCUGAUACAUGCUCAUUUUAUUUAACUUGUGGUGGAUUUGGUUAGAAGAGCAGUUCCACUGGCAUUGACAUCUGAGGAUGAUCCUGCAAGGGAGGAGUUAAAGAAGCUUGUGGAGAAGAAGGAAGAAAUUGAUUUGUUGGCACAUAAGCAGGUGCGGCGCA